AGAACCCGCCCACUAACAUCCAGUAUGGCGCUCCAUAUGUAACCUCUUUGAUAACCGCACUUUGUUGUUUUAAAAUGUUGGCUACCUUAAUUACCGUACAUCAAAUAUGAACGUUAGCAAGUAACGGUAAAAUCGUAAGUUAUAUGCCAGAGACCGUUUCGACUUUAAUCUAAACAUAAAUGCACUGCCAUGCCUAACUAGCUACUGUAAAUGUCCCCACUCAAUAUGACGACCAACAACAACGUCAUGGACAUGUUUGAGAAAGGAAAUAUUCUGAAAAUAUGUGCACCUAUGGUGCGAUAUUCAAAAUUGGCGUUCAGGUCACUGGUAAGAAAAUAUGACUGUGACAUCUGCUUCACUCCAAUGAUAGUUGCGCCUGACUUUUUGCGUUCUGUCAAAGCGAGAGACAGUGAAUUUACAACAAAUAAAGCUGAUCGUCCUCUGAUAGUGCAGUUUGCUGCAAGCGAUGCCCAGACACUGGCGGAUGCUGCCUGUGUUGUUGCACCCUUCUCUGAUGGAGUGGACCUCAACUGUGGCUGUCCCCAACGGUGGGCCAUGUCAGAAGGGUACGGGGCAUGCCUGAUCAACAAACCCGAGCUGGUAAAAGACAUGGUUCGACAUGUAAGGAACCAAGUGGACAAUCCUAACUACACCACCUCUAUCAAAAUACGAAUUCACAAGGAACUGCGACGCACGGUGGACAUGUGUCAGAAGGCAGAGGCGGCGGGUGUGUCCUGGAUUACCGUCCACGGCAGGACUGCAGAGGAGCGCCACCAGCCGGUCCACUUCGACGCCAUCAAAACCAUCAAGGAUAGCCUGUCAGUCCCUGUAAUCGCCAACGGAGACAUUAAGAGCCUCCAAGAUGUGGAGACCACUCACCAGCUCACUGGAGUUGACGGUGUAAUGGCAGCCCGGGGGCUGCUGGCCAACCCUGCAAUGUUCGCUGGCUACAAUGAGACCCCUCUUGAGUGUGUCUGGGACUGGGUUGAUCUCGCCACAGACCAGGGAACCCCCUUCACCUGCUUCCACCAGCACCUUAUUUACAUGCUGGAGAGGGUUUGCUCCCAGCCUGAGAGGAAGGUGUUCAACUCCCUGCACAGCACCGCCGCUGUCAUUGACUACCUCCACAGCACGUAUGGAUUACCGGACACACUGACUACCAUAUCACUCGAGAUGUCGUUGCAAUGGACUACGGUAGCUUGCUUCCUCUAUGCAGAGAUAUUCAUUCUCCUCCUCCUCUGCCUACCCUUCAUCUCAGCCACAAGAUGGCAGCGUAUUUUCCAGCUGAAUAUCUGGAACAGGAUGGCAAAGUUUGGGAACAAAGUCUUCAUCGCCAUGAUAAUAAUUCUUAUAGUCUUCUUCUUUGAUGCUAUGCGUGAGGUAAAGAAGUAUUCAGGGGGACAGCCGAAUAAAAAUGCCAACCUGCAUCCCAGCACGUUCGACCACCUCCACAUGAAGCUCUUCCGAGCCCAGAGGAACCUCUACAUCUCAGGAUUCUCUCUCUUCCUCUGGCUGCUGAUGAGGCGGGUGAUCACUCUGAUCAACCAGCUGGCAACACAAUCAGGCAACACAGCUGCUUUGCAGACCCAGGCAGACAAUGCCAACCUGGCUGCCAAGAAAUACAUGGAGGACAAUGAGCUACUGAAACAGACACUGAUGGAUAGGAAGGGAGACAAGGCAACAGCCGAGGGAAACGAGUUGCUGAGGAAAGAGGUGGAGAAAUGCAAAGAAGAACAGAAGGCUUCCAAAGAAGCCUUGAAAACGUCCCAAUCCCAGUUGGAAGCUAUGAAGAAACAGUAUGAUGAAUUGACCAGAGAAUACGACCGACUGCUCAAAGAACACCAGACUCUUCAAGAGAGUGGAGACAAAAAGGAGGAUUGAGACAAUAUUCUUGGUCUAUGGCAGUCAAAAGGUUUACAGAUUUGACCAAGAAACUAGAAGAAGCAUUGAAGUGCAUGCAAUCAUUGUUGUUUUACACACAGUCACUUUCCUAUGACAUAAUGUGGCACCACGAAUGAUGUCACAGAAAACAGACACAUUCCUAUAGUGUUCAAAUCACCGGUGCCUGAUUGUAGAGUAACUACUCACAAGAAGCUAGGAAUGUUGCGUUCCAAGAUUCACUACAAUACUACUUUGAAAUAAUUAGCAACAAGUUGCUUCUGUCCAAGUGGUACGUUAAUGUAAGAUUUUGGAACUAAGCCAUAGGUAGUGUGUCAUUAUUUGCUGUUUUGACAAUUGUUCAUUUGUGAAUGUAUGCUUGCAUGUAUAUGAUUUGAGAUUACAAUUUUUUUUCAGUAUAUGACGUGUACACUGUUGCGAUUGCCUUGCUAUCUACAGCAUAUUCCUCGUACUUUAGCUGCAAUGCAGAGUUGGUAAAACAAAUUUAGCAUUUAGUUCAUAGGGAGAAGUUGUAUUGGGUGAUUUUGGUUGUUUAACACUUGAUAUCAGUGGCGAUGGUUUGUUGCCAUUCGGCCGUGUUAGGUGUGAUUGGGGCAGAUAUUGCACAGGGUCAGGGUUCAGCUAGAUUGAAAAUCUGAUUUGGGGGUCAUUUUCUCUUUUUGGAAAUACUAUUUCCUCUUCACACUCAGGUAUUUUCCCUUGCAACAGGGCAGCCUGUGAUGGUUUGGCAAACUGAUUAUACCAUUGUGACUGUGCCCAGCCUAGGGCUUGGGUUGUGUAGUGUGUGCGCUUUCUAAUUGACCAAAACAUCUUCCGCUAUUUUCCGUCCCCUAGAUGCUUAUCUAUUAGGGCUAGACAUUUUCCCCCAUAGUGUAAAUACAGUGCUGUGGAUCAGUGGCUUCUCUGAAAAAAAAUAAGUGCCUUUUGGACAUUUGCUAUGAGUAAGGAAAAUGUGUGCUGCCAUAUACUGCAUUGGUUACUAUUAAAGAAUUUUUUGUGUGUA